GCAAUUAGCGAGGAAACGGCUUGAAUGGUAAAAGAACGAGCUUUAGGGAACUGUUUGUAUAACGACGACUGUGAGUUAAUUAUUAGCGAGGUGCACUGAGAGCUCGAGGUGCUUGGUUAAUCCAGUCAAAGGCAGAUUUAGAAUUGAGGUUUGCUUUUCAUUUGUACAGUGUUAGGAGGUUAGAAUGUUGGGCGCUUUGAAAGUUUGGGCCAGUGGCCAGAAAUCAAGCAAGUAUUCACCGAGAAACAAACGUAAGAGUCGACCUGGGAGCAGACCAAGUUCUCCUGUUCCUUUAACAUGUGAACCUCAGGAAAGUGACGUCGAUAACACAGAGAUGGUUAACUACGGUCAUCUGCUGACGUGUCCACUAUGCGAUGAGCUGUUCACACACCCCGUGCUACUACCAUGCCAGCAUAGUUUAUGCUACGGUUGCGCACGAGCUCAAAUACUCAGCGAUGACGCAAUGAUGACGUCAAUGAUCGAAGAGAUUGCUGACGAGGACAGCGCCAUUGAGAUGUCUGCUGUGACGUCACCAACUUACACGUCAUCGUUUACGUCAUCGCCACCUCGAAGUGUUACAAGAAAAAACUCGGAUCCAGAAUUCGAUUUAUCUCCACAAUCGUCGAAUUCGCGACAAUCUGGAUUUCCGGAUUUAGAGAACGAAGAUCCGCAAUUAAUGGAAAGGGAAAGCGGAAAUAACAAUGGAGGCAACAAACAGUCUAUUGUUCUAACAACAAAGGAUCUUCUACAUUUUAAGUCCUCCGCCCGGGAUCGAACCUCCUCUACUCGAAGCCUUAAGUCCGGACACUCGACACCGAGAAGCGGUAGCUUCAUCGAGAGCGAUGGUCAGAGGCCCGGUUUCAAAAAGUUCUUCUCGCCAGCUUCAUCCGGAAAAAAUAGUCUGAUGACGUCAUCAAUUACGUCAUCGUCGUCGUCUCUGAGAAGCAUGUCGAAAAGACCAAGUCUUCGCCGAAGUAGCUCAACUUCAUCUAUCGCAAGAGCGGCAUCUAUGCGCAGUCACUCACAACAUCAUAACGCUCUCGCAACUUUGAAAAAAAGCCGAGUGAAAAGUAUAUUUUGCCCAAGUUGUGAGCAACAGGUUCAACUUGGGAAACUUGGAAUAUCUGGUUUGUUCAGAAAUUUUGCUUUGGAAACCAUAGUUGAAAGAUUUCGAUCAGCGGCAAAAGCAGCGGUCGCCAUAAGAUGCGGUUAUUGUAAACCUCCUGCAGCUGACGCUACCAAAUCAUGCAUAGACUGCAAGCUGAGUUAUUGCAACGAAUGUUUCAAAGCAGUUCACAUAUGGGGGACAAAGAAAGCGCAACAUGAUUACGUGGGACCAACCAACAAUUUUUCCCGACCUAAGGUUCUGCUGUGUCCUGAGCACAAUAAGGAAGCUGUGAACAUGUAUUGUAGUAAAUGCAAGAAGUCUGUGUGCAGAAUGUGCAAGCUUGGUGGUGGUGGACACGUCAAUCAUCCUGUGUUAUCCGCAAAAUCAGCGUACAAGGAGGGAAAGGAACGUCUAUGCGAAGGACUUGCCGUUUUGAAAAGCAAGAAAGCUUCCGUUCAAGCCAAGAUCGAUUCGCUGGGCGAAGCUUUCACUGCACUUGAGCGACAAGAAGCUGCUACACGCGAAGAAAUCCACACAUCUAUAGACGAGAUGCAUCGCUUGCUUGAGGUGAAGAGAAACGACCUUCUCACUAAAGCUGACUCUAAACUGCGCGAAAAAGAACAACUUCUAAGGCAAGAAAUACUGGAUCACCACAGACACAUGAUGUACGCUAGCGUCGUCUCCUUCGCAGAGGAAACUCUUAAAGAAACUGACCCGGCUUACUUCCUACAAACUGUACAGAUGGUUGAGAUAAAGGUAAACGAAGCAAUUGAUCAUUUAUCAAAAGAAGGAAGAGAGGGACUUGGAGAGUCCGCGACUCUACAUCUGGAGUUGGCGGAGACAAAGAAGAAAAUGGAAGAAAUAGAUUUCGUAGCAGCUCCUAAGCAGCCGAAGAUCGAAGGACAAUUUGAUGGAGAUGUCGCUUCUCAGCCAAUCAUAUCAUGGGAACCCGGGUCAUUAAACGAGGUCAUAGAAAAGUUCGAAAUUCGAUACACCCCGCAUUGUGACGUAACCGAUGACGUAGGGAAGCAAAACUCAAGCACGAUAUGUGUGGAUUCGGUGAAACCAUUUUUUGAGAUACCAGAAGAAGCGCCCGCGACUCUGUAUGACGUCACAAUACGCUCUGUGAACAAAGCAGGGUGCAGUGAAUGGAGUGAACCAGUGUUGAUGCACAGAUCAGCAACGAAAGUUACCCAAUUCAAGCUGGUAUCGGAUGAUAAUGACGUUACAGUCGACAGUGACGGUCGCCGAGCGAAUAUUCGAGUCGCAUCUGGUUCCAACCGGUUUCGCGUGCUACACGGAGAUUCUCCGUUUUGGAGCGGCGAGCAGUAUUGGGAAGUCGUUGUGACGUCAUCAUACGCCCGCCACGUCAUCGUUGGGGUGAAUGAACUUUGCCCCACUACUUCAGGCCACCUAUUGCAUGGUACCAUACACUUCAAAGACGACGGAGGAGCAAAUGGAGCGCUGUUGCACGUAGUUUGCGCUACAGCGAACUUGGUCAGUCGGCCAUGUUUUGGCGGGAACUGGUCAAACCUUUUGGAUUCUGACGUCACCAAUUCGUCAUCGAUUGGCGAGCACCGUUUCGUUGCUGGGAUUCAUCUUCGAGUUUCCGCUGGUAACGAAGCGACUGUUCACUUCUAUGACGUCACUAUGGGAAACAAUGGCGACCGAAAAUUCUUGUUUCGGAAAAACUUUCGUUUCACCCCUCCAUUAUGGCCGCUGGUAGCAGUAGAGGGCAGCGCUAAAGUAUUAAUAAAAUGACUGUAAAUUAAAAUAUAAGAAACAAUGAGUGUGUAUAUUUCACUGCCACUUGUACAUAUAAGCACAUCUAUAUUCAGUAGUUCAUAUUUCUUUCCCGUUUGCGUUAAAUUCCUACUAUUGUUUAUCUCCCGCGCUCAGAAAAUUAUCUAGUUCUGUACGCGUGAUAAAUUGUUUAGCAGAACUGCUAGAUUCACUGCUAUGCCCGUUAGGUCUAACAAUUUGCACCCCUGUUUAUUGAUUGGCGUUUAUUGCGUUGUGCUUGCCAAGUUUAUAUACCUUGCAAACUGUGGUGACAGUAUAUAUCACUUCAAUCAUUGUGAAACGUCUGCUGUAUUUUGCCACCGUAGUAUUCAAGCCUGGUGUGUGGUAAACUAUGUUUUCUUUAUUUUUGUUCAAAAUAAAACCAAAACAAUCAUA